AGGAAGCAGGCCCCUUCCCGCCCGCCUCCCCUCAUGGCGGCGCGCGCGGCUGGCGCUGGGGGCGGGGCCGCCCUGCGGACGUGGCGCGGCGGCCGCCAUGAGGCGCGGCGGCAGAGCCGCCCGCGGAGGAUGGCCGGUAGAGGCGCCGGCUGCGGCCUGCAGCCGCCGGCCGUAGCGCAGCCGCCCGCCGGCGGGCACCUGCACCCCUUCGCCAGCGCGGCGGGCGCGGAGGGCGAGGGGCCCGAGGAGGAGGGCGAGGUGACGGAGCUGCGGCCGCGGGGCAGGGAGAAGGUCCGCCGGAGCGCCUCGAGGGACAGGCUGGAUGACAUCGUCCUGCUGACGAAGGACAUCCAGGAGGGGGACACACUGAACGCCAUCGCGCUGCAGUAUUGCUGCUCGGUUGCAGAUAUCAAGAGAGUUAACAAUCUUAUCAAUGAUCAAGAUUUUUUUGCCUUGAGGUCUAUCAAAAUCCCAGUGAAAAAGUUCAGUGUAUUGACCGAAACACAUGUCUCUCCAAAAGGAAGACCAGUCCUCCGGCCUGCUCACUGUUCCCCAGACGUGCAGGAAACGUCACCACCUGAUAAAGUCUCUACUAAUGAGACUGCUGGCAACUUUUUAAAAGAAGUGGAUCGAGAUAUAGAAGAGAUAGUGAAGUGUAAUGACACAAAGAGAGAGAAUCUGAAUGAAGUCGUCUCUGCCUUAGCAGCCCAGCAGAUUGGGUUUGAGACUGAUGGUAAAACUAAAAAAAGCAAGGAUCCUUACUAUGGAGCAGAUUGGGGUAUAGGAUGGUGGACAGCUGUAGUGAUUAUGUUGAUAAUUGGCAUAGUAACUCCAGUUUUUUACCUCCUGUAUUAUGAAGUUCUAGUGAAAGCAGAUGUCAGUCACCAUUCUACAAUGGAAUCUUCCCAUUUGUUUGUCACAGCAGCAUCACAUCAGAAACAAAUAGAAAAUGGGAUAAAUCCACUAAAUGUUAUAAAUGUUGAUAAUCGAGGAGACCUUCAGCCUUAACAACAGAAAACCCCAGGCAACUGUUACUGAUAGACACGUAAGAUAGCAUUAGAUAAAGGGGAAACCACAGAAUGCAAAAUGCAUCUGGAAUGCAGAGAAAAUGCAUCCUCAUGUGUGACCUACCUUUAUGGGCAGUGUUCCAGUGCAAGGGUAUUUCUGUGAAUCGUGUAAUCUCUGAAUAUGCCUGAGACAGGCAAUUUUUAUGCAAGAUUGGAAUAUAAAUUAAGGUAUAAAAUUGUCUCUGAAGCUUUGCACUUUUUUCUAUUUUGAUAGGCGUAUGUUUUUUAAUUAACGAUGAGGUGAAAAAAUGUAGUUUAAAUUAACACGAGGCAUCUCACUGUACGUUUUACAGCCCUAAAAUGGGCAUUUGGGGAUAUCUAACUUUUAAACAUCUUGAAGUAUUUAUAGAGUGCAUAGUACACUUGACAUUUUAAUAUCAGGUUUACAGUUGUCAGUUAAAACUGCAUUCUCCUAAUCUUCUAGAGUAAGAUUUUUUUUAAAAAAAAACAACUAUCAUUCCAUAAUUAAUUGCCACUAUGAAGUUCUUUUUUUUAUUUUUUUUUCCAAAGUGACUUUUAUAGAGGCAGUAGCAAAUACUUAAGCUGGAAUCUUCAAAUCUUGUGCCUGUGGUCAAACGCAUUCUUUAGUGCUUUUCACUAUAAGCACCAGGCUUAUAGGACUUGUUUUCUGUGUCUGUGACACUGUGCCUCGACACAGUCCAGUUGAGAGUGAAUUGCUGAAACUUCACAUCCUUGUGGUAUCCUGCUGAAAACUGACUGGACUGGACUGGACUUCUCAGCUGUGUAUGGUACAAAAGUGCAGAGGUGUGGCACCUUGCUAUGACCGCUUCAGUAGUUCUCAUGCUAAUGGAUUUUUCCCCCUCAAGUUAAUGUCGGUGCAGGACUGACUUUUCUUCAAGGAGUACGCUAAUGAUCGAGUGCCCAUGAACCUCAAACACUGACGACUUCCUGAAAUCUCCAAGAAACCAUCAAAUGAGAUUUUUUGGCUCCUAGCAAGAAACUUUACAUUGCAGCAGAAUAGACCAGUUGCAGCUUCAGACAUGUUCUUUAAAUUGUAGUGUAUUCAUCAACCACUCCGUGCUUGAAUGUUUCAUUUGGGGUUUCAUGAACAACCUUGUUUUUCCCCCUCUUUUAUUUUCUACCUGAAAAUGCUACAAGACAAACAAAAAAAACCCACCACCCUGAACUCUUCCUACAGAAAGAAGAAGGUACUUGUGUACUCAGAAUAUUUUUAAAUAAAAACUUGAGAUUCUGCCUCUUAA